GGGUUGAUCUGUCCAUUAUCCAAGGAGUGAAUCAUAUUGACAGGUUGAAUUAUAUUUCAGAAGAUUUUUUUUCUCCCCCUCCUCCAAAGACCAUUUGUAAUCCUUGCACAUUCACUGGCUUUUAAAAGUGAGCUCCUCUGGAGCCGGGUUGCACUGAAGUCCUCCAUCGAGCGUGAAGGAAGAGUUCUUUUGGGUGGCGGGAACAUGGAGAAAAUCUGUUCUGUCCAGCUCUGCCUUGGGGUCCUAACUGUUUUCUCCAUAAUGCUGUCGAUACCGUCUGCACAUGGAAAACCUCUUGCACUACAAGAAAGCCCAGGGUUUCCGGAGAGAGGAGACACCAACCACCAAGAUGCGCUGAUGACUCUGCUGCUUAACCAAAAGCUCGGCUGGAGGCAACCAGCGGACAGCAGCUUGGAGCUGGCAAAGAAAUUUGAAGAACUUGAACAGCUGGAGAAGUUAAAGGAGGAGCUUUUGGCUGGGGAAGGCUCUGAGGAGGCCUACGCCGAGGCGGGCCUGCUGCCAUCACACCCUGACAAACGCGCCUGCUUUUGGAAAUACUGCGUGUGAAGCCCCGCUGGGACUGGAAGAGAGAGAGCAGGCCGGCCCUGAAUUGCCUCGCUGUGGUGUCACUGUGUUAACGUAUCUUCUGUACCUUCAUCGUGCUGCUCCCUUGGGUGCUUUUCCCAGCGAGGAGCUAGGCAGGGCCCCAGUCAGGAUUGACAGGAAUUCAGACAAGACCGGGAAGUUCCCACGUUUCACCCCUUCUUCCCUCAUACUCCUCUCCCGUUCCAUUUUUAUAGCAUCUGCCUACCCUGUCUCCUUUCAGCAUAUCACCGAUUUGCUCUUAUCCCUCCACUUUUCCUCCACUCCUCUUUUCUCCAGGUCCUCCUAGUGCCUCACCCUCCCGUAGCCCCCCUGAGCGUGAGAGGGGAAUGCCCUUUGCAGCUGCUAUUCACUGUGGUGUCAUUGGUCCCAUUCCCCUUCUAAACCUGGGCCCAGGACAACCGCACCACCCAUCUCCUGUGGCGGUGGCAGGCCUGGAGCUGGGAGGGGAGGUGUUUGCCAUUUAACUGACAAGGCGAAUAAUAGCGGGCUGAGUGCAUUGUACGGAUUUGGUUGGCUUGUUGCCACAGCUUUGUAGUGUUGUCUCUAUUUGUGUCCUGUCGGCGUGCAGUGUGUGUAU